AUCAUUAAUGUCUAUCGAAAUAAACUCCAAGCAAUCCAAACGCCAUUAUCAGCAUUUGCAAAAAGCAAAGAGGAAGGCGCCCACGAAUUUAUCAAUGGUCAAAACAUCAACACGAGUCAAGUCGAUCAGUUAAUAUACCUAAAUAUUGAACCCGCACGAACUAGAAGUGCAAUUUUAUAUAAUUCUGUGAUUAUAGGUUUCGCGGAACAAAGAAAUACCGCGAUUGUUGAAAAAUUAUGGAAUAGUAUGUUAAAAGAUAAUAAUAUACCAGAUGUACACUCAUUCUGCGAUUGUUGA